AUGGGAAUAAGAACAAACUGUUUUUGUUUGCAGAUGCUGUUAGAGAAGUUAGGAAGUACUCAGCCGUUCACGUGAAUGAAAAGGCUGUGAAUGUCAAUGCCAGAAACCUCUAUCUCUCAGGUUUUUCCUUGUUUCUUUGGCUUGUAUUGAGACGUACUAUUACCCUUCUCACUCAGUUGGCAAAAGGGAUGGCAUCUAAUGCAGCUCUGGAAACACAAGUGAACGAUGCUGCGGAAGCAGCCAGAAAAUACAUGGCUGAAAAUGAAAGGCUGCAGGAGGCCUUGAGCGAAAAAGGAAGCAGUAAAAAUAAAGAGUCAGCAGAAGCAACUGAUGAAAAGUUGAAGAAGGAAGUUGAAUAUCUGAAAGAAGAGCUACAGAAGACAUCAGAUGCUCUCCGCAAAGCAAAUAAUGAAGUGACUGCAGUUAAACAGCAGUCUGAAGGCCUUAGAAAAGAGUAUGAUCAUCUGAUGAAAGAAUAUGAACAGCUUCAGGACACUUUAAAUGAAGCAGAAGACAAGAAAGACCUGUAG